AAGUGCACGCUGAAGUGCACUACCCCGUGCACACUCUGCUCUCCUCCUCCUCCUCCUCCUCCUCCUCCCUCGUUUAGCUCCUCGCCUCGCCUGCUGCCUACCAGCCGCUAGCAAGUUCUCCUCACGCUUCCUCCUUCGCUUUCGUCCUUUCUCCUCAAAAUCCACAUCGCGCUGCUGCUCAAAGCUGCACAAAGCUGCUGAGGUACCCGACAGCUGGGAGCAGAAGUAAACUUGGUCUAGGGGAACGGCGGGGGAAAAAGCUCCUUACACAAACCAGUGAGUGGGACGCAGCUGGUUAUAGAAAUGAUUGGCUUAUUUGCGUAGAGUUUGCUUUAAAUCGAGGGGCCGAGCUCCAGUAUUCAGCACUUCUUUUCUCCCCCCCUGAGCAAAACAAGAGGUCUGCACAGUUGCUAAGUGGUGAAAUUCUGAACAGAGGUGAAAAAGCAAGUCUGCAUAUUUGCACGAGGACACCAGAGUUCAACAGGUUGCACUUCAAGGAACUGAAGAAGACAUUGGAGGGCUACAAUGAGAAGAAGAGACACAGGAGAAACAGGAGGGACAAGAAUGCGACUCAAGUAGAAGGCAGCGGACACGCAUCACCACAAAGUGCCUGGAUGUGCUGGAUGCUGCAGCAGCCUCGUGCCGGCGCAUGCUUUUUUUCCCACGCUGCUGUUCCCCCUCAGACCUGACUGCUUGCCUCUGUAAGUGUAUCCGUGAUUGCGCUUGGCCUUGUCUCGGGCUAUAUUUCACUCUGACAGGCAAACAGUCAAUCGGCCCAUUUGCUGUUCCUCGAUUCCAAGCCUCCCCCCACCUCGCUCGCAAUAUCAUCCGGUUAAUACAAGGACAGUCGAUUCGUUUCUUCUUUCGUACCCAACGCUUUAUUCCUGAAGCUUUUUCUUCCUCUCUUGUUGUCUGGAAAUGUAAGAAACUCUACUAAAGCUUCAUGCAGCAGGACAGCGGCCUUUAGGAAUCCGGAGGUGCGAAAAGUGGAUAAAGUCGUUUUAUGUAGAGCAGAGGGCGGUUUUAUGAGACAGGACGGCCACUGCAGCCCAGAAGAACGUGUCUGUCUGCACUUUUAGUGCCUCGGUCUGAGUCAAGAAGCCGUUUCGGCAUGCCCGAGUGACCUGCUCUGCCUCAGCAUCCUUCUCCUGGACACGCCUGCUCUUUGCCCUGCUAUCCAGCUCAUAUGGAACACAGCGAGUCAUAGAUUCCUCACUGUUUUUCUUGUUAACAGUUUUCCACCAUUCUGUCUGAACAUUAGAGCAUGUCCCUUUCCUUUUGCCAGAGUGUUUUUUGUGCUGUGGCACAGUGAUUUUUUGUCCUGCUACGUGCGCUUUUUAACCUUCAUACCCCCAGACGACCUUUAACUCCACCCUAAGCACCCGCUCGUCAUGGCCGUCAACGUCGCUGUAGGCCGGGACACCAAGUGGCUGACGCUAGAGGUGUGUCGCGAGUUCCAGAGAGGCUCGUGCUCACGUUCCGACACCGAGUGCAAGUUUGCUCAUCCCUCUCGCACCUGCCAUGUGGAGAACGGCCGCGUCAUCGCCUGCUUCGACUCUCUCAAGGGUCGUUGCACACGUGAUAACUGUAAGUACCUGCACCCGCCCCCACACCUGAAGACCCAGCUAGAAAUCAAUGGCCGGAACAACCUGAUCCAGCAGAAGGCUGCAGCUGCCAUGUUGGCUCAGCAGGUGCAGUUCAUGCUGCCUGGAGCCCAGUUACAGCCCAUAACCACUUUCCCAGUAUCACCCUCGUUGGCCACCAGUCAGAGUAUGGCUUUAAAUCCAUACAUGGGCCACAUGAGCCCUGGCAUCGGCCUCAUGCCCGAGCUGCUGCCCAGCACCCCCGUGCUGGUCCCGGGGAGCCCCACGGGCAUCACUGUGGGCAACGGCAACUCCACUCAGAAGCAUGUUCGCACAGACAAGCUUGAGGUGUGCCGUGAGUUCCAGAGGGGCAACUGCACACGGGGUGAGAAUGAGUGUCGCUACGCUCACCCAGUAGAGGCGGGCAUGGUGGACGGCAGCGAGAACUCCGUCAUCGUGUGUAUGGACUACGUCAAGGGUCGCUGCUCACGCGACAAGUGCAAGUACUUCCACCCACCGGCACACCUGCAGGCCAGGAUUAAAGCAGCACAGCAGCAGCAAGCCAGCCAGAGUGCAGCUGCUACAGCAGCAGCAGCCAUGCCUGCAGCGCGUCCUCUGAAGCGCAACCUGCAGCCAACCCCUGACCUGGCCCUGCCUCCAGGCAGCAUGCAACAGAUACCAAAGAGGCCCACCCUGGAGAAAAGUAACGGCGCUGCGGCCAUCUUCAACCCCAGCAUGUUUCACUACCAGCAGGCUCUGGCCAGCAUGCAGCUGCAGCAGCCGGCCUUCAUCCCCACAGGUUCCCUGCUCUGCAUGGCUCCAUCUGGAGGCAUUGGGCUUUUCAAACCGCCCGGCCCAUUGGCAGAGGGCCGCUGGGAGAGGCGGGAUUGGAGCAGCUGCAGGCCCCCCCACAGCCGCUACCUAUCAGGGCACGGACAGACUGUUCCCAUGAUGCACGGUGCCACCACUUCCACUGUUUCGUCGGCUACGACCCCAGUCACCAAUGUUCCUUUUGCCGAAUCAGCUGCCUCCAAUCAGACCCCACCGAGGUACUGACUGCUGACCCUGUCGACCUCCACUGCAUUCCUGUGGAAACACACCUCUGUCCAAUCCCCAAACUGCUGGUGGCGGCACCGGUGAGCCUGAACUCAGUAAGCCUCGGCCGCAAUCUCAGUUAACGCACCACUAUCGCCAUCCCCCCAGAUCCAACCACCCCAUAGAGACAUGAAUGCAACAAACGUGUGCCUAAUCAGUGCGUCCGGCAAGGACAACCCUUUCAUCCUCUUAUUUGAUGCCCCACAUCAACAGACGUCAACAAAAAAUGGUUUGUUGAUGCUAAAACAGGCAAUAUUGAAGCUAGGACCUUCAACUGUUUAAGGAAGUGUGCCAUGAUGCAAGGAGACUUAAGAAGCAUGAAGAUGCUGAAUCUGAGCACUCCUUUGAAUUCACAGCCAUACAAGUACACAGAUUUGUAGACCUGCACACACACACACACACGUACACAAACACGUACACACACACACAAAGUUGAGAACAGUGCAUCCUCCUCAGAUAAGAGUGAGGUCUCAGCCCCGGAUUAAUCCUUUGUGAGCAGUGAAGCUGAGGCUCGAUGUCACAUGACGGCACACAUGGUUCUGAAAAAAGCUUGUGUAGAACACACAAGAAUGUAAUGCGCACAGGGCUUAGGUCAGAGAUCGGUGUGUAUGAAAGCUUUUUUGAAAGCACUUUUUAAACUUUCUUUUAAUCCAUACAUUUACAUAAGGUUUUUUUUCCCUAUUAUUCACAGAUAUUUACACAUUACUGUCCAAAUAAUUAACAGCGUGAGACAUGCAACUCAAAUGCUUCAGAAAUGCAUUUGGUGUGAAUUGGCCUUGUUACUCAAUCCACUUGAUCCAUCUCUUCUCACAGACUAAAAACAAACAGCAUACCCUUUAAAAAGCAAGCAUGUCAUUCCUAUUCUACAUCCCAAUCCACUUUCUGUACCAUUAGUGAGUGAUUACUGGGGAGGUGUUAUUUAUUGAAGCCUAAUUCAUAAGAACUGCAGUCGCUUGACUAGAGGAAAUGUAAUUUUUUUUUUUUUUCUCCAUGCCUGGACAUACCACAGAUUUGUUUACGUGAAACAUUCAGACUGAGGUUAGGUAGCUUCCUGCGUGAAUACCUCCGUUUUCUUAAUGCAAUCCGCCUUAAGCAGAAGUGUCGGCGUACCCGCAUGUCUUAUUGUGCAUGGCGACGUUCACUUUAAUCUGCUGGGUCUGAUUACAGCCCUAUAGCCAGCGCUGCACAGGAGGUCUGAUAGAUGACUAGCUCAGGAUGAGUCUGAUCACCAUACUGUGAUAGGCAGUGCCAGCACAGCAGCUGUGGCCGUCGAUUGGAGCAGCGCCAUUUCAAAGCCCAACUGUUCCUCUGUAGUCAGCGACGUCAGAGCGUAUUACUCAUCUCCUGCUCUCUCUUUUUUUUCCCGUUUCCCUUUAUACAUUGAUCUGUACGUUUGACUCGGAUUAUCAGAGGUAUUGUGAUAUGUUAGGGUCUGCCACCAAUCUCUGCUCCUGUCUUUCCCUUAUAGAGUGGACAGUCCCUGCCAAACUCCAUGGCCCAGUCCCUCCCACUGUGUGACAGUCUGUUUGUCUGUGCUUAUUGCUUAGCCCUGUUUGUUACAUCUCACAGUAACACAAGAUCUUGGAACUGUCCAUGCUGUGAUAUUCGCAGUAUGACAGCAACCAAAGCAACACUUCUAGAGUUUUAUAGAACCUUUUUUUUUUUUUUUUUUUUUUUCAUUUGGAGCUAAUGUACAUGUCUUAAAAUGUCUUAACUAUAUAUACAUAUAUAUCAUUGAAAACACAAUGAAUGUAGUUGAACGCUCCCAAAAGACAUCGGUGAGAGAUAAACCCAUAGAGUCCACUCUUACAGAAUACGGAUGUUUGCAGCAAUCCCACUGUCCUGUUAAAUUACUAAUGGCAGCAGUACAAUUUUAAACAAGUGUACUUGCUUUAUGUGCCAAUGACUCUAAGAGCUGGGUCACUCUGUGCCAAUCACUGGUUAAAAAAAAAAAAAAAAAAGGAGUAGAGUCAUUACAUGCCAAAGCCCAACAGCAGACUGAUUGAAAAUGUUAUUUUCCCCACAGCUAAUGCAAUCAUUAAUGCUGUGCUUUCAUUCAGCCUUUCAAUCUUUCCUAAUUCACUCACCUCAUACCGCUGAACCAUAUGAUUGGCGCUCCCGUAGCUUACUUACCAUGUGUGGACUAAAGGCCAUUUCUGAUCUGAUCUACUGCAAAACCUUUUAUAAGCUUUAAUUGGAGUAGAUGCUUGUUUUGAAAGAACAAACAGAGUGAUGUAAGAUAAAGCACCAACCGAGGCCUGCAACAUUUUUGUAAUAGUAGUGGGUGUGGUUUUUUUUUGUUUGUUUCUUUUUAUUUAAUCUGGAUUAAGUUUUCUGUGUUUCUGAAAUGUGUGUCUGUUCUAUCCAGCUUACAGAUUCUGACCACUUAUUGUGUCCUUAUGUUCAAAAGUCGACAGACUCUAAAAAACCAGGGCAAAGCUGACUGUCAGCCAUACGAGCGCUUCAUUUCACGUUGUGCUAAAAGCAGUAAUGCUGCAGGAGAGAAGUGCCGAGGUGUAGAGGAGAGGCGGGGUGGGGAUCAGCUGUAGCCGGGGUACUGACCAACCUCACUUACAAACGUUGCCAGGAAAGGGCCUUAUAUACAUUUGAAUGUGACAUUUAGGACAAAGAAGAAUGUCAUUAAAGCUUGAGGAUGCCUGUCUCACCUUUUUUUUUUUUUUUUUCCCCCUCCUGAAACAAACCACAACAUAUUUCAACAUAUCAAGGGAGUAAACUUCUCCCAAUGCCAUUCACUGUUGAUGUACUAUAGAAACAAUGUUCUGAGAGACUUGUCAAGGACCUUGUCGAGUUGUUGCCGUCGUCGUUACAUGAAACAGCUGUGCUGUUUUGUACAGAUAGCCACACUGAGGAGCAUAUUUCGAUGGUCAAACACUGCACCUAUUUAAAAGAAAAAGAAAACAAACAAAAAAAAAAAGAGAGAGAGAGAGGACCUCUUUGGAAAUAGUGUAUUUGUGAGCAUUUAUUUUGUCUAGAGGAGACUCUCCAGGCCAAAAAGCUCAGGGCCUGUUUCCUUAACAUACGUCAAGGUUAACCCAAGACUGAAACUGUCAGUUUUAAUGCUCAAUGACAGUUUCAUUUAGUCUCUCCAACAUCCUCAAGCCUUGAGAAACAGGCCCGAAAGAAUGUUCUGCUUUUUAUUACAGUGAUACAACAAAAUAAGCAUGAAGUGCUCAAAUAGUCAGAAGAGUAAUCUGAGGUCAAAUGCAAACUCAACAAGACAAUAUACUGUGUUAUUGGAGUUUCUGUGUUGUACACAAUUUAUAAAAUGUUAAGGUGUGGGUGUCUGUAAAUGUUGGCCGUUAAAUUGUUUAGGAGUGUACUAAGCUGUUGAUUUGUAUAACGGAUUAUUUCUUGUAGUUGGGCGAGUCUCAUUGCCUAGCCAAGGUAUAGAUCUCUCUCUUUCUCUCUCUCUCUCUCUAUCACUUUUUUCUCUCAUAUCAAGAGUUAUGCCUUCUCCAACUGCUAUCCAGCAGGAUUUAACAAAAUACUUGAUUAAGGAAAAAAAAAAACAUGCCUCGUUUGGGGCUUUAGCAUUUUCAGAACACUCACUUUUUAAGAAGUGUGUAUUCAUGUGUAAUGUACUUAGAUAAUCUUAUAUGUACAUAUUACUAGUGCAUCCUUGCUAUAGUUUUGUCACCGUUAAGGUCAUUGUGACCUUAAUGUCAUUCUUAAUGGUACUUAUUUUAGCUGUAUUUCCACAUGUUCAGUAAAUUUAUUGUGAGUUUUACAUUUUGGAAAUGAACACGGUUUUUAGUUGACGCAAUCAUUUAAUGGUUUUCUUCUCAGUUACAUAUUCUACAGCAUACACUCUCAUUGCAUGGAAAUGGAAAUAAUCUGAAUAAUCUGAUACAUAGUUUGUGUAGUUAGUAGUAAAUAAAGAAAAAAACUAAGAAAUAUCUCUCUAUAUAAAUAUGGAUCUAUAUACACAUUUGUAUUACAAUGAGCAAUUCAUUGUAACUUGAUAGUACGUUGUUGUUGCUAUGGCAACAAAACUACAACAUGGCUACCUUUGUGAAUCUUAAUUGUGAAUUUUUUCACACUUUCAAUUGAAUUAAUGUACAAGGUUAACUUAUUCAGAAAGGGAAUGUGUAGAUAUCUUACCUUGGAUUAAGAAAUGAUGCCUAUUUUAUACAAAAGAAGAAGAAGAUUCCUCAAAUCCAAAAUCCAUUUGGAGAUGUCAUGUUAUUUGGGUUUUUUUUUUAUGAUUUCUUAUUUUUCUAAGGGGAUAGUUGUCUGUUUUGAGAUACGAGUCGGACGAGUCAGUGUUCGAGCUUUAGUACGGACCUGUUGGAUCAAAACCGGAUAACCUCCGAUGAUUGACAUAAGAGAUAAUCUGGUGCAAAACAGUCUCUUCAGGUGGAGAAUCAUCUUUUGUUUUUGUUUUUGUUUUUAAAAAAGGGCUGUCUGGACUGGUAGACACCAGAAAGGAUCUUGCAGAUAGACUCGUUUUGAGGACGAGCGCUUGAAUCUUUAACUCGAUGAUGUCAGGAGCAGAACGAGAUGUAGGGUGUAGUAAGCUAGAACUUGAACCUCCUGGUAAAGUCUCAUUUCUCUCCCUGUGCUCUCUAGCCAGCCUUUAGCCCAGCUGUGCUGGGACCUUCUGUGCCCCCAUCAGUGUACGAAUGUGUGUCCUUCACCUCGUUUGCACUUAUGUACAUAAAUGAGUGAAAAUAUUCAGAAUUUAUUUUGAAUAUGCAUAGAUAAAUACAAAUAUAUAGACGUAUAAACAAACAAAUAAAUAUAUAUAUAUAUAUAUAUAUAUAAUUAUAUAUAUAUUGAAAAAAAAACCUGUUGUUCGGAAUACAGGUAAACAUCUGUCCUUCUACUGGGUUGUUCAAGAAAUGCGAGGGAUUCGUUGUAUGUUCUUUUUUUUAUUGCUAAUGCCCUUCUCAUCAUGAGCAUGUUGUUGCUUGCUGAUAAAAUAGAUGAAAAUGAAACGAUGCUUUCUGGUUGGACAUAGUUUACAAAAAAAAUGAGCAUAUUACACUGAGCACUGAGGCUGUUUAUAUCUGAGAAACUGUGUUGGUGGUGUUUGGAAAGAAGCAUGGCCCCUAAAAUUGUAUGCAGGUGAUGCGUUUGCAUCCAAGAAACCAAAGAAUAAAUAGCUUGCUCAUUUUUCUGUUUAGUUCAUUUAUUUGUUGUGAAUUGCCUAUUUAGUGUCACAGGAUAUUCUCUGCUCUUCUGCAUAUUAUUAUUAUAAUUAUUAUUACAAUUAUUAUUAUUAUUAUUGUUGUUGUUAUUAAUGUGUUCAUGCAUCUAAGCUGGGAUUCAAAAUGGAUCUGCUUGGGAAUUUAGCUCAUGUGACGCUCUGUACCGGUGAUGUUCUGCCCCCUGCAGAUGGAAAUCGGUAUAACAGACAGCUGAAUCCCUUUUCCCCUGCGUUUCUCAGGAGGGCUGAACAUCAUCCAAAUACAGGACACACCACCAACAUCAGGGUCAGAUUACAACAGGAAAACAUUGCAACUGGUUCUAAGGAGUUUAAGUUACAUUUCUGUAUUUGGUUUCCUCUCAGUGUUCGAACACUCAUACACACAUUCCCAAAAAAAUCCAUCAAUAAUUCGAAAUAACUCGGUGCAUUUCAGAUCUCAAAGUCAAAUCCUAUCAACACAGUGAAACCUGGAGUAUAUCUUGUACAUUCUGUGGUCCACAGUUGCUUUGGAAGCCAAGAAUUUUGUUGCCAUGGCACUUGUCCUAGUAGUGAGGGAGAGACUGAGUCUUUGUAAGGUUCCUUGCAUAUCGAUGCACCUUCGGACCGCGUUCACAUGGUCCCAAACCUUCUGACUGUAAAGUGGACUCAGCACAGAGUUUGAUCUUUAUCUUAAGUCCUGAUUUACAGAACAUGCAGAAAAUGAAUGCAAUCAAAAGGACACUUUUGACCACUGUGCUUAUUAGAGAACAAAAAAAACAAACGAAACAAAACAACUAACACCCUUCUGCUGUCCACCUUACUGUGCCUGGACAUUCUGUGAAGACAGUGCUUUUUUGCUUUUUUUUUUCCUUUGUCGAUUUCAUUUUUAACCAAGAAAAUCCGUCACUCAUAUUUAAUCACAUCAUAUUUAAGUCUGUGUGGAACUUGAUGUUGAUGGUAUUGACAUAUAAAAUGUGUGUAUAGGAUUAAGUUCAUAUUUAUGUUGUAAAAUGCUAUGGAUGUAAAUGUAAAUGCAGUCUCUUGUUUCGAGAUUUGAGGUUUUGUCCCUUUUAAGGGCGCCAGUCAGGUGUAAUUUUAAACGCAAAUUAAGUGCUUUCUAACCAGAAGCGGUUUUAAAGAAUGUCCACCUUGUUUCGAAGCCAUAUGUUGUUGAUUCCUCUUUCCCCCACUGUAGGACAAGAUCGCAUUGAAUGCCCUGACUCUUUAUAUGAAAUGCUUCUCUUUCUAUUUAGCGUGUUGUACUUGUAUGUGCUACAAAUUUGUGCUUAUUGCCAAUCCCUUUUAUGAUUAUAGUAAUGUAUAGAAAAUAUACAUACUUAUAUGAUCUGUUCUUUUUGUUUGACAUUUUAAUAAAGCACUUAAAUGGAAA